AUGCCAUGUAGGGAGUCCACUGACGCCAGCGGUGUCACGCUGCCGGCGUCCAUGCAGACACUGCUGCAACGCUACACAGACCGUAAGCUGACUGAGCAGGAGCGUCUCCUCCUCGCGCACGCCACACCGAAUGUCCGAUGCGAAGCCUUGCGCAUUUUCUUCGAAAUGAACGACGCCGCAGCCGGCGUGGAGUAUGUCUUGGCCAACAGUGGAGCUUCUCCCCGCUCUCACGGCGGCACCAGCGCCAGGGCCUCGCGUUCCGGCGGCACCACCACCACCACCACCACUGCCUCCGCUGCGGCGCCGGUUUUGGCUGCUUCCAAGGCUCUCAAGUCGCUGUCGACCAACACGCUGGCUGCCGCUGCUUCCGGUGCGAAGAGGCCUCUUGGUGCGUGGGCACCGACCGGCAAUGCCGCUCUCAGAGACGAGGUGCGCAAGCCCACUGGCACCGGGCGCGCCGUCAUGCCCGCCAGUGGCAGCACCGCGCCAUCGCCAGUAGCAAAGGCCGGGAGCUGUUUGCAUCGCACGCGUGUGACGCGGAGCGGCGAGUCAGUGUGCACCCUCGUCACCGUCUCCUCCAUGUCGAGCGAGGACAGCGACGACGACGCUGAGCUUCGACCGACCAAGACUCCAGCGAGGGAGGAAGGGGCGGAGGCGGUCAUGCCGCCAACCGUAACGCUGCGUUCUCGUGAUUCCCGCGCCAAUGCCGGGGCGGCUGCCGCUGUACUCGCUGUGCCACUCUUAGCGCUGGAUGCUGUUCUGAAGCAGCACGGCAGUACCAGCAACAGCUCCGCAAGCUCUCCCAGUGCUGGUGUCGCGCACAGCGAGCGUCGGUCCUCGGUGAGUCCUGCGAUGACCAACACCACCAUUGUCGCCGUCGAGUUGCAGGCUCGAGACGUUUCUCCCUCCGUCGUACCGCCGCCAGGUUGCCAGCGUCUGUCACCGGCGGCACCGAAGCCGAGCACCACGGCGACCGCUGCUGCUCCAGGUUCUACGCCGGUCGCACCUCUGUCGCUGCCUUCCACCGCAUACGAGGGCGGCGACUACGACGAGGAGCCGCGAAAGACGGUGGCUGCCAAGCCCAUGGAGUGCUACGCGAACCACACAGCUACGCACACCGCACCGGUCCCGCAUCCGCGGCAGCGGUACUAUGCCGGCUUCGCGGACUCCAAGCCGACAGCCGUGCGGUGCGCGCACCGGCGCGAUUGCACCUCUCCCUCCUGGACACCGCCGUCGCUGGCUGGCAGUGGCGCUGUGAGUGUGUGCGGCACGGACUGGGCUGCACUAGUUGCAGCGGCACCUGCGCCGCAACUGCCGACGCCACCAGCGGUGGUGGCGACGAAACGUGAGGCGGCAGCGCCGGUGUCUCCCAGGGAGGACCAUCGCCCAGCACCCGAGGAAGCAACCGACACCACCCCUGCCUCCGGCCUUUGCUCUCCUCGCUUGCCCACAAAGGCAUCGAACGACCAGCCUAGGACAACGCGCGGCAGUGGGUCCGGCGAUACGGCAACCGCGGCCAACAACAGUGGUGGAGCGGGCAAGACUCAGCAGCCACCCCGCACGCCGCGCGUGCCCGUGGCAGACAGAAAGCGCGAAGCGGAGGGUAGCGACAGCCACUCACCCUGCAACGGGCGGCACCCAGACACUGGCACACCCCAGCUGCCACCACCGCCGCCCCCGUCGAAGCUUGGCGGCGCCUCCCCGAUCAAGCGCGGUGCUGCUUGGGAUGAGACGACGGGCAUGUACAUAACGCAUCCGAAUCAGCUUCGACGGCAGAGGGCUGCUCACAGCGUCGCCACAGCCGCCUUGACAGCGCGACCGUCCGCAGCGGUGUGCGGUGUUAGCGGCUCUGCGCUGGAGCCCCCAGACACGCUUCACUACCACUUCGCUCGUACCGCGUCAUCGACGCCAGUUUCAGCGCUACUCACCUCCGUGCCCACCGCCACCGCCGCGGCACACGCGGCAGGAUUGGUUCCCCUGGGCCGCUUGUGCUCUUCUGCCGUGCAUAUCGCUGGGGGUGCAGACUCGAUGCCCGCACGAUCGUGGACUGCGGCGCUGCCAUCGUCGAAGGACGACAAGAAGAAGAAACGGAAGCCGGAGACGAAGCGGGCCAAAGCGCUGACUGAGGCGCCAACUUGGAAGAGGCCGAUCGAGACCAAGAAAACGGCGACGGCUCUAGCUACCUAUCCAGCGGUGGCGCCGGUUGUGGCAAGCCCGCGUGUGACAGGGUACCAGCGGGUUUGCAGCGAGGACGUGCCCGUCAAGUACGACUUCUGCGGCCACAGCGGGGGGACGCUUAUGCUGCAGCGCCAAGCUUCGCGGUAUCCUGCUCAGAUGCUUGCGGCUGCGGCCAGCGGCUCACCAAGGAAGCCCCAUCGUACCGCCUCCGCUAGCCAAACGGUGCGGUCUGCGGUGCCAGUGGCGCGGAUUGAGCGAUGCUACAGUAUGAUGGAAGGUGGUGGGGUUGAGGUAGCCGAGGUGGAGACAGCUCCGCUGAGUGCGCACGCGCCUUGCCACUCGACCAUCCGCACUCCACGCAGUGCGCGCUUCCGUGCCCAGCAGCAUCCCCGUGGGCUUGUGGGAGAGCCCGCUGCCGCUAUGGUCUCCGCGCGUGGUAGCGCCGCCGACCGUACUUGUCAGGUGCCGCCGGCGCACUGCAGCGUCUUUGAGCGACUGACCUCCAACUACUACGACGUCUACUCGAGCGAGGUCGCCCUUCAGGCGACCUCGCCGCCGCCGGUGACGGCGUUCCGACGGGGCUGUCGCUCUGACCAGGAGCAUCGCCGGUCGGCACGCCGCCGCCACUUCAGUGCACCAGCGGCUAGCCCGCGCGGACAUCUUGUGCGUCGUCCUGCAACCGCGCGGCUGGCGCGCGAAGGCUGUCUCAGUACUGAGGAGAUAGUGGCGUGCGAACAGAAGCGCACCACUGCAUCUUCGUCAAGCGCGUUUGCGCGCAGCAGCGCAUCUUGCUACCUUGUUUGCUGA